AUGGCUCAAAACUACAUCACCAAGGUUGCUAUCGCCGGGGCUAGCGGCAACAGCGGUAGUAUUAUGACCGAAGCCCUACUCAGGACCGGUAGACACACCAUCACAGCCCUAACCCGGGCUGACAGCCAAAGUAAGCUGCCAGACGGUGUGAUAGUCAAGCUAACCGACUACAACAAACCGGAGACUAUUGUGGAGGCACUCAAGGGCCAGGAUGCACUGAUAAUUGCAUUGACUGCUGGCGACGCGGGUCUACCCUGGAUUUUCCCGAAUGAGUGGGCGCCCGAUACCGCGAAUGAGGAUCUGGUUAAGGAUCUGGUGGUGUUCCAAUCGAAGGGACCGACUUGCAAAGCCAUAGCUGAUCUCGGCAAAAGCUCCUACAUCGCUAAAUACGAAUUGUGUCAGGCAAUUCAAUCGGCGUUCAGCAUAGACUUUGCCAAGCGUACUGUGACAUUAUUCGACGAGGGUGAGGCCAAGAUUUCGACUUCGACCUGGCCUCAGGUUGGUCGGACUGUUGCUGGUCUUCUCAGCAUGCCAAUCAAGGCUGAAGGGGGCAACGGGGCUUGCCUUGAGAACUUGAAGAACCAGGUUGUGUAUGCUUAUUCUUUCGUUGUUAGCCAAAAGGAUAUGUUGGAGUCUACUUUCCGGGUUACCGGGACCACAGAGAAGGACUGGACUAUUACAAAGGAAUCGGCUAAGAAGAGGUAUGAGAAUGGUGUGAAGGAGAUGAAUCGGGGUGACCGCAUUGGCUUCGUUAAGAUGUUGUAUACGCGAAUCUUCUUCGAGGAUGGCGCUGGUAACUUUGAAUCCAAGGGCACACUGAAUGGCUGGCUUGGCUUGCCAAAGGACGAUAUUGAUGAAGCGACCAGGGCAGCUAUCGAGCGCUCGAAGAGCACCACUUGGUAG